AUGCGAUGUUCGCAGGAGUGCCCGGUUCUUUUUCUGCUACUGCACUUUGUUUUCAUCUUGGCAGCCGGCCACGAAGAGCUCUCCGACUCUGGCAGACUCCUCUCCCUCUUUGCAGAGCAAGCUCAGUUGCCUCAGUCAGGGUCAGAACUGUCCAUUGUCCACCCAGAGAAAACCAACGCUGAUGGAGAGUUCAUCUCCCACUCUCUGUCUCACCACUUUAUGGGUGGGAGAGUCAGGCGUGACCUUAGACCCUUUGCUUUGGAGGGACAAGUUUACUAUAAGGUCAACUACAAGGGUCGAGCUUUAAUGUUCAAUCUGACUGCAAACAAUAACCUGGUUUCAAAUGACUACAUCCUGGAGAGGAGGAACGGCAGCGCCAACAGGACUGAGCAUCGCCUCUCUGGGGCGAAUUCCUGCCACCUUCUUGGCACCGUGGAAGCCUCAGAUGUGCGAGGAACUGCUGCCAUCAGCACCUGUAAAGGCCUGAGAGGCUUCUUCUCGCUGCCAGAGGGACAAUAUUUUAUUGAACCUGUCCAAAAAUCUCCAGAUGAUCCUGCGGGGACUCCAGAGCCCCACGUCGUCUAUCCAAGAGUUACGACAGAAAGUCGCAGAAAAAAACGCAGCCUUGAGUCCAAGGAGACACCCAGCGCCUGCGGAGUUCAAGAUGCUCCAAGUGACUCUGUCCAGGCGGAGAGGGAAAGGGAGGAAUGGGAGAGGGAGCAGCAGACUGGGGAGGACCAGGCUCAGUCCCGCUCGCAGCGCUCAGUCAGCAGAGAGCGGUGGGUGGAGACCAUGGUGGUGGCCGACUCCAAACUCAUCGAAUAUCACGGCAGUGAUAAUGUGGAGUCCUACAUCUUCACCAUCAUGAACAUGGUGGCGGGAAUCUUUCAUGAUGCCAGUAUUGGGAACGCCAUCCAUGUCAUCUUGGUGCGCCUCAUUUUGCUGCAGGGAGAAGAGAAAGGGCUGAAGAUCGUUCACCACGCAGACACCACGCUGGCCAGUUUCUGUGCUUGGCAGAAAAACCUCAAUCCUCAGAGCGACACACACCCUGCUCACCAUGACGUGGCUGUGCUGGUCACCAGGAAAGACAUCUGUGCUGGAAUGAACCAGCCCUGCGAGACCCUGGGACUGUCUCAUCUGUCUGGGAUGUGUCAACCACACCGCAGCUGCAACAUCAAUGAGGAUUCAGGGCUACCUGUCGCCUUCACCGUCGCUCAUGAAAUGGGCCACAGCUUUGGAAUUCAUCAUGAUGGCCAGGGGAAUGACUGUGAGCUGGAAGGGAGGCACCCGUUCAUCAUGUCCAGACAGCUGAUGUAUGACAGCUCGCCCCUCACUUGGUCGUCCUGCUCCAAAGAAUACAUCACACGCUUCCUCGAUCGUGGCUGGGGUUUCUGUCUGGAUGACCGUCCCUCCAAGAGGGACCUCACCACCCCGCUGGCUCGCCUCGGUGUCCGCUACACCACACACCACCAGUGCCAGCUCCAAUACGGCCCAAACGCGACCUUCUGCCCUGAGGUCGAUAACGUUUGCCAGAUUCUUUGGUGUUCAGUGAACGGCUCCUGUCGCUCCAAACUGGACUCACCCAUUGAUGGCACUCGCUGUGGACCAGAGAAGUGGUGUAUCUCAGGAGAGUGUGUCAUUGUGGGUAAGCUCCCGGAGACGGUGAAUGGAGGCUGGGGACAGUGGAGUACCUGGUCUCACUGCUCCAGGACCUGUGGUACAGGUGUUCAGUCAGCGGAGAGGGAAUGUAACAACCCCAAACCAGAGUUUGGAGGCAAGUACUGCACUGGAGAAAGGAAGCGUUACCGGACUUGUCACACAAAACCUUGCCAGAAUGAUAAACCAACCUUUCGAGAGAUGCUGUGCAGUGAGUUUGACACGGUGGCCUACCACAACGAGCUCUACCAGUGGAUUCCUGUGGCUAACCCAUUAAAUCCCUGCGAGCUGCACUGUCGACCAGUCAAUGAGUAUUUUUCGGAGAAGAUGCUCGACACUGUGACAGAUGGGACGCCGUGCUUCAUGAACAACAAGUCCAGAAACAUCUGCGUCAACGGAGUGUGCAAGGAGGUAGGCUGUGACUAUGGCAUUGACUCAAACGCUGUGGAGGAUCGUUGUGGAGUCUGUUUGGGUGACGGCACAAGCUGUGAGACGGUCUACAAAUCAUUUGACGAAGCAGAGGGCUUUGGGUACGUGGACGUGGGUGUGAUACCUGAGGGGGCGCGGGACAUCCUGGUGAAGGAAGUCGAGGAGGCAGGUAACUUCCUGGCUCUGAGAAGUGAGUCGUCGGAGGAGUAUUUCCUCAAUGGCAACUUCAUCAUCCAGUGGAACGGGGAGUACGAGGCCGGUGGGACGACGUUCUACUACGAACGCAGCGGAAACAUGGAGAACCUCACUGCUCCUGGACCCACCAAGCAGCCAGUCAUGCUCCAGUUGCUGUUUCAGGAGAAGAACCUGGGUUUAAAGUAUGAGUACACCAUUAGGAAGACCAAAGAGACAGGAAACGAGAUCAUCGAACCCGUUUACAGUUGGAGACACGGGGCGUGGACAGACUGCAGCACCACCUGUGGCUUAGGUGAGCAGCAUCAGCCCGUGCGGUGUUUCGAGGUGGAUGUGGGUGUUGUGGAUGAGUCUCUGUGUGAUCACGAAAGCCGUCCAGAUGACAGACACCGGAAAUGCAAGACCAUGGAUUGUCCUGCAAGGUGGUGGGUCGGGGGUUGGCAGCAGUGUACAGCCACCUGUGGAUCAGACGGCGUGAGAAAGCGAACAGUGCUCUGUGUCCGUACAGUUUCAGGGGAGGAAAGGGUGCUCCACCCCGUGGAGUGUAAGCAUCUCCUUAAACCCAAACCUGUGGUGCCGUGCAACAGAGAUGUACCGUGUGGACAGGACUGGGCGGUCGGGAACUGGGAAGAGUGCCCGGUCACAUGUGGAGGAGGGGUUCGCUCACGCACAGUCACGUGUGCAGUAGCACCCAAAAAGACCUGCGAUCUCUCAACCAAACCUCGAUCCAGAUCACUGUGUGCCCUGCAGAGCUGCCCUAACUCAAGUCUACGUAGACGACCUGGACCUCCCCCUAAAUACCGCCGCAUUUACCCACCUAAGAGCCACCCCACCAAGCAUCCUGGUUCCCCUACCCGGGCUCCCAUGAGCACCACAGCCACAGCUGCUACCCCUGCUACACCACCCACGACUGCCGUCACCGUGAGGAAGAAAACAACUACCAAAGAAACUACAACUGCUGUCAUCCCCACCACCACAUCCCCUUCAACCCCUGGAACCACAGUCCCCGAAAUCAUAGACACAGAUGAUUAUGAGUUCAGUGUUAUAGUGAGGAAAAAUGGGGAUAAGAGAGGGAAAGUUUUCCCUUCUAAAAAGAAAGCAACUGACGUGGAAAAGGAAAACAUGGAAGGAGAGGAGGGAAGUACGCCGAAUGUGGGGAUGUACACUCCAGGAUAUGAUUAUGUUGUUGAGGAUAGGACAACAGAAGAGGAAGCGAUUAUUGACCUGGAUGUUUUUACCACAGCUACAUCACUCAAAAAACCCCUUAAAUCAACCACUUUGCAAACAAGUCCACCUACCAUGCACACAACCAGAACACCCACCAUAACUGCCUACUCUACCCCACACACCAGCACUGAAACAUGGGCGAAGACGACUCACCACUUAUCCAACCACCACACCAGUCCAUACAGCCACUGGACACACAGGGUUCCUCUCACCACUCCCACGUACAAGCAUCACCGAUCAGCACCAAUGAAAGCUGGCUUCCACGCAACACAAGCUCCCACCACAACUGCAAGAAAACUCUUCACCACUGCAGCAUCCCCCCAGUCAACAGUAAAGAUUAUUAAACUCAAGAAACCUGCUGUGACACCCAGGAAAAAUAGUUCUGCCUCUCGUGCUAAAAAGCCCUCUCCACGGUCCAAAGGCAUUCGCUCCAAGAGCCAGAACCAGCAGCCAGAAAGUCCCAUGAGUGGCCCCUCCAGUGACCAAAGUAACCUGAUGGCCAGAGAGCCAGUCAGCAUGGAUGUAUUCUGGGUUGUAGGAAACUGGAGCGAGUGUUCGACAACAUGUGGGAUUGGUGCGAUAUGGCGAACAGUCGUGUGCAGCUCCCAGAAUGAUGAGGACUGUGCCAGCGUGAAGAGACCUGAGCCGGCACGCACAUGUCAGCUGCAGCCUUGCGCCACCUGGCAAAGUGGCAGCUGGAGCAAAUGUCCAGAUAACUGUGCGGUGGUGGGAAGGAGGUACCGUGACGUCCAGUGUAUCGACUCUCAGAGUAAACGUCCCCUCAGACCUUUCCACUGUCAGGCUGUGUCUAGCAGACCCCUCAGCACCUUGACCUGCCCCCACAAGCCCUGUAUGAACUGGAGUAUAUCACCCUGGGGACCGUGCUCCGGCAGCUGUGGCGAAGGCAUCAGGGAGCGGCUGGUGUACUGUCCCCAGCCUCUUCGCUGUAGCACCACACGGAGGCCGAACGGCACAGAGCCGUGCAGUCUAAAGCCCUGUACUAAGUGGAAGACUGAGGACUGGGAGGAGUGCUCCGUGAGUUGUGGUGGAGGUCAGCAGCAGCGUCAAGUCAGAUGUGUGAGUGACCAAGAUUUGGCUGUGAUGCCAAACAGCCUCUGUGAGAAGAUUUCCAAACCAGAAACACUCAGGAAGUGCAAUAUGCAGGAAUGCAAGACCAACACAGGUCCAGCUUGCAGGAAGAACACCAUGUCCUCACGCUUCUGCGACAAGCUGAAGCUACUGGGUCGCUGCUCUCUCAGGUCGGUCCAAAGACAGUGUUGUGUCACCUGUGGUCCGUAGCCAGGGUUACGCACACACAUACAUUACAAUGGAUGCAUCCCAACUACAGUAUGCAGUUGGGAUGCUGGGAUACUGUAUGUUCACGCAAAGUUUGGCGUAAAGCCAAGCCAUCCACAGACUGACAUGUCCGAACCAAAGUGCUAAUGACCACAGCACGACAGCAAGCACAACUUAAUCAGCACAAACAUACCUGGGUCAACUAAUACUAUGUAAUAAUUCUAUUUUUUUUUACUUAUUUAGGUAAAUUCCAAUUAAAAAUUUUGCUGGGAGGCAUUAGAAAAGUGAGCAAAAGAACAAGCCAAAACACUGAUGAUGAAUACACAUUUGGACUGUAACAAAUAUCAGAGCGUAGUGUUCAUAAAGCCACGUUCAGGUGAGCAUAAAUGCUCAUCAACUUUAAUAUUUCCUUUUAUUUAAAUUGAUUUGGUGAAUUUAUUACAAUAACUAAGUCAAAACAUUCUUAAAAAUCAUUUAAAAAUUACGAAUUUAAAAAAAAUCAAGAAGCACAAUUCAAAAGUUAUGAAAGCUCAUACAAGCUGAUGCAAGAGCUGCUCCUACACAGUUGUGAUGAAUUAGAUUAUAAUACGAAGCACUUUCUUUUUCAGUGAAAAAAAAACAAAAAAAAAAAAAACAAAAUGACCUACAGUGCAAAUCUUUCUGGGCCAAUGGUGCUUUUAUAAUUGA